CAAGAGAGAGCCUCAGUCACACCGAGAAUAUCAGCCACUCUAGCGAUAGGCUGCAGACGGAUGAAGGCUAGGCUACCACUGAACAUUGUGCAGAAUAGGCAUUAGGUUACAGUCUCAACUCCCGCUUAAUGCAGUGACCACUUCAUAUUUCGAUGCCUUUUAACUCUCCGGCAGAGAGGACGAAGAAACGUUUGCUAUUCCUACGAAGAAUUUGAGCGUUUAGUCAUGAUGUUGGAGAACGGCGGAAAGAUACUGAAAGAGGGUCUUCUGGAGAAGCGGAGCGAUGGUUUGCUGCAGCUGUGGAAGAAAAAGCAUUGCGUCCUAACAGAGGAUGGGGUUCUGCUUCUCCCGCCGAAGCAGCACGACCAUCCGCAUCAUCAGCACCACGGCGGUGGAGAUACCGGCAAAAUCAAGGAGCUGCACUUUGCCAACAUGAAAACAGUGGACUGCGUCGAAAGGAAAGGAAAAUAUAUGUACUUCACAGUUGUCAUGACGGAGGGCAAGGAGAUAGAUUUCAGGUGUCCACAGGACGAAGGCUGGAAUGCCGAGAUAACUUUGCAAAUGGUGCAAUACAAGAACAGGCAGGCGAUACUGGCCGUGAAGUCGACGAGACAGAAACAGCAGCUGCUUGUAGUUCAGCUACCGGGACAGAAAAUGGUUCGGAGCUCGCCAAACGUUGCGUGACCUGCGCCUUGGACAUUCGACAUUUGCGGUCAAUUGGACAUUCAGCUGAAAGAUCAAUCUAGACCCCGGAGCCAGCUGCAUCUCCACCGCUUCGCGAAGGAGCGCCACUUCCCAGGAAGCCCCUCAUUCAAUAUUGGGUUCCAAAGACCAGCAUCCGUCAUUCAAAGUCUUAUUGCCAUUAGAGACUUAUUGAAAAGACAAAAGAGGCCUAUAGCAUGUGAGAAACCAACGGUAUUCCAAUGUGCUAUGUUGUGUCGUCUAACUCGUCUUAUUUAUUAGAUGUAUAUAUUUUUUUAUCUGAAUAAUGUCUGUUGAUGAAUGUUCAGUAUGGUUGUUACUGGAGUUGAAAUUAGGGAAUGUUCACACCGGGAGAUGUGUCAAUUUCAGUAUAAGCAUCAGUAUUUUGUCAUCUUGGUGGAUGGUAGCUUUUGUUAGGAGAGGCCUAUUGUAUUGUCUUUUGAGUUCUAUCAAUUAUUUUAUAGUGAGUAACAUGUACUGCUGUACAAAAAGAAAAAGACUUACCAUGAUGCACAUGUUCACAUUCUUUGAUUGAACCAAAGACUCAUUUCGUAUCUAUGUUUAUUUUCCUUUGAUAUGUUUUGAUGUAAAAUCAUCUUCCGCAGUGUGUCCAGCGAUGAAGAAUGAUCUUCCUUUUUUCAGUUUUCUCUUGGUUUCUCUUGAUGUGAGUUACAUGGUAUUAUUGUCACAUUAACCACUGUUAACUAAAUCAUAGAUGAUGGAUAGAAUGUGUUCACUCGUUACAUUUUUCUAUGGAUGUGUUUUUUGUUUUAUUUGUUUUGUUGACGACUGUUCAAAAACAUCUCAAGGUAUCUAUUCUCUGAACGUGUGUUGUCAUGGCAUACAAAGUAGUAGCUGUGAGCCUUUUAAAACACAGUUUUGCUGUAUUCAGUCUGGGUUUUAUCUUCAUGUGUGUGUAAGAGCUAUUUUCAUACCUCUGAAAUAUACAUUCCAUUUCAA